UGUCAUAGGGGCCGGGCGGAGGCUUUCUUUUUUCUCUCUCUCUCUCUCUCUCUCUCUCUCUCUCUCUCUCUCUCUCUCUCUCUCUCUCUCUCCCACAGAGUCGCUGGUGGGAGCAUCCGUUGGUCGAGGGGGGCGGCCGGUGGGAGGAGGCAGAGAGACCGCAGCUGCCGCACCGCACUGCCUCUCUUGACAGGCGCGAGAGAACGGGAGCAAGCUCGCCGCUCAUGGCUACGGAUCAGUGCAAAGACCGGGUCCCCAUCGGGGAGCAAGCGGACGUCCGGACCCGACCGGGGGUGACGUCCGUGGCCGAAUUCUACGCCGGCAAGAAUGUGCUCAUCACGGGGGCCACGGGCUUCAUGGGCAAGGUUCUGGUGGAGAAGCUGCUGCGCUCCUGCCCGGACGUGCGGGCGCUCUUCCUGCUGGUGCGGCCCAAAGCUGGACAGUCCAUGCAGGAGAGGGUGGACGACAUGAUGAAGUGCAAGCUCUUUGACCGCGUGCGGGAGGACGACGCCGACUUCCACCGCAAGGUCAUCGGCGUCAGCAGCGAGAUGACGCAGCCGGGCCUGGCCAUCAGCCCCGAGGACGCCGACAAGCUGGCCGCCUGCGUCAACGUCGUCUUCCACUGCGCCGCCACCAUCCGCUUCGACGAGCCGCUCAAACACGCCGUGCAGCUCAAUGUGAUCGGCACGCAGCAGCUCCUGGGCCUGGCCCGCCGCAUGCGCCACCUGGAGGCCUUCAUCCACAUCUCCACCGCCUAUGCAAACUGCAACCGCAAGCACAUCGACGAGGUGGUCUACCCGCCGCCCGUCGAGCCCCGCAAGCUCAUCGAGUCCCUCGAGUGGCUGGACGACGGCAUCGUGCGGGACAUCACGCCGCGGCUCAUCGGCAACCGGCCCAACACGUACACCUACACCAAAGCGCUGGCCGAGUACGUGGUGCAGCAGGAGCAGGGCGAGCUCAACAUCGGCAUCAUCCGCCCGUCCAUCGUGGGGGCCAGCUGGCAGGAGCCCUUCCCGGGUUGGAUCGAUAACUUCAACGGGCCGAGCGGCGUCUUUAUCGCUGCCGGCAAGGGCAUCCUGCGCACCAUGCGGGCCAACAACGACGCCGUGGCCGACCUCAUCCCCGUGGACGUGGUCAUCAACCUCACCCUGGCGGCGGGCUGGUACACAGCCGUGCACAAACCCAAAACGGCUCUGGUGUACAACUGCACGACCGGCGCCAUCAACCCCUUCCACUGGGGCGAGAUCGAGUACCACGUGAUGUCGACCUUCAAGCGGAACCCCCUGGAGCAGGCCUUUCGCCGACCCAACGCCAACAUCACCUCCAACUAUCUCAUCUACCAGUACUGGAUCCUGGUCAGCCACAAGUUCCCCGCCCUGAUCUACGACCUGGUCCUGCGCCUGUCGGGACAGAAGCCGCAGAUGAUGCGCAUCUUCAACCGGCUUCACAAGGCCAUCAGCCUGUUGGAGUACUUCAGCAGCCAGGAUUGGGAGUGGAACUCUGAGAAUAUUAGCAUGCUGAUGUCGCAGAUGAGCCCGGAGGACCGCAAGACGUUCAACUUUGACGUGCGCCAGCUCAACUGGCCCGAGUACAUCGAGAACUAUUGCAUCGGCACCAAGAAGUACGUCCUGAACGAGGACAUGUCUGACAUUCCCGCCGCCAGGCAGCACCUGAGGAAAUUGAGGAACAUCCGCUACAUCUUCAACACGCUGCUGGUGGUCUUCAUCUGGAGGGUGUUCAUCGCUCGCUCGCAGAUGGCGCGCAACAUCUGGUACUUUGUGGUCAGCCUGUGUUUCAAGUUCCUCUCCUACUUCCGUGCAUCCAGCACCCUGACCAACUGACGGCGCUCCCUCGCAGCCUCGAGCGUCCUAACAACCCACCUGUCCGUCCGCCCCGCCCCGCCCCCACAAAGUGUCAUUGAUUCUAGUGUUUUCUUUCUCCUAAUAUAUGCAACGCAGCGCAUUUUCCCUCGCCGCCACUGCGUACUUGCCUUCUGCUUUUCUUACUUGAAACUCGGCGUCGAGUCGAAGAACUUUUCCUUUCGUGGGACUUCCGAGUCUCGUUGGAUUCCCGCAGGUCUUCUAUAAUACUGCCUUUUUUGGAAGAUGACGCACGGGAAAAAUGACUUUUUUUUCGUUUUUUUCCUUCAUCUGCCGUCUUUCCUACUGUUCGUCUACGACCCCUAUUUGCCCUCUUUGUACUGACACCGGGUUUACUACUUUUUCAUCUUUGUACUCAAAGCUUAGCGACCUCAGUGGUGUUAUAUAUAUAAUGAAAAAAAUUGGCUUUUCCCACAAUUUAACUGCGAGAAAAGCACACAGAAGGUUCCACAGUGUCAUUAUCAGCUUCCCUAACACGAUAAUGUGUUUGCGUUAAAGGGAAAUGAACAAUAUAAUCGCGCUAAUGCGUCUUUCACUCGUGUAAAAGGAGAAGGAAGAAGGGAAAAAAAAAGUAUCGGGUGAUUUGCGGCAUGACGCGCUUGUAAAGCGGUUUGCUGUGAGAAAAACAAAUGUGGGCAUUGGUUUUGCGGAGAAGAUUGAAGGUCUAAUACCAAUCUGAGGGACAAAAGUAUUCAUCACCGAGGGGCACUUUAAAAGAAGGCGUCCACUCAAGUAAAGCAAAAGGGGCUACGUACGCAUCCAUGAGGGACACCUUCAAACAUUCAUGUUCAAAGAGUCCGGCGUUCUGUUGAGUUUUUUUCCUUUGUACGUGUUCUUAAUUUGGAAGAUGUGUAAAUAGUUAUUCUUAUAAAAGUACCAAAAAUGAUUCGGGAAGUAUUCUCAACAUGUCUUACGAAACAGUGUUGUUGACUCUUGACGCGACGAGCCAGUCGGAGUGAGUUAGGCAGCGGGAAAAAGGGACAAAAGUAAACAUUUAUGCAAAGUGUGUUUCUGUUUUGUGACGCGAGCGACCUCUUGAUUUCCCCAAAGAGGAUUACGAGCCAAAAUGUCGUCGGAUUAGCACUGAAGGCCAAAGUACUGUUAAGUGACGACAGCGACCGCAAAGGUGACGCCAUCAGAUGUCCUAUUCACCAGCGUCUGUUGCUUCAUUAAGUGUGAAAUAAACCAGACGAGAGAGUGCGCA